AUGGAGUGGAUUAUCUGUCUGUUGUUUUUUGCGAGUGCUUCUAUAGCUGCGGAAGCGACGGUGAUCAGCGCAAACACUCGGCUGUUGAACAACAUCCUGAGCUAUGUAGACGAGGGAGAGGACGCCUGCAGCAAUUACUUUCAGCAUGCUUGCGGCAAGUACGCGGCUCGGCACAUUGAUGACCCCUUCACUGAAAUCACCCAGAUGCUGGACCACAAGGUCAACCAAGACCUCCUCCAGGUAAUGGACGAACUGGAGAGAGACUCGCAGACGCCCGGCUUCAAUGAGAGCACUUUUGAGGCAAAGGCGCUCCGUUUUUAUCUCACAUGCCGCGACGCUCCGACCAGCACGCGCAGUGCCUCGCACUACCUGCGAUUGGUACCUCCAUCCGAGGGACUAACGUGGCCGCAAUUCAACCCCAGAGGCACGGUCUGGCCCAAGGAUCAGUUCAAGUGGAUAGACACCUUGGCACAUCUUCACCGUUACGGCCUCAGAAACGUCCUAAUCAACGUCCUGAUCAUGCCAAGCCUUAAUAACAGUGAGCAGAUUGUCGUGGACCUUAGUAUGCCCCAGUUUGAGGGACAAUCGCAGCAUCUAAAUGGUUAUAUCGAAACUCUUGCCACGCUCAGAAUUAUGGGAGUUGCGACAAGAGCCUCCUUAGCGAUCGCGCUCAAGAUAAGGAGACUUGAAUCGGCUAUUAUAGCCUUAACGGAAGACGACGAAGAAACAGACCCCCAGCUGAUGAAUGUAGGUCAGUUGGAGCGUAGAACGGGCUACGAAUGGCGCAGGUUUAUCGAGACAGUAGUUGGCCACCCCGUUUCCCACGACAUUCGCCUGCAGGUCAUGAACUUGCAAUAUUUCACGGCCCUCAAGCACCUGAUGGUUUCAACGGACGCCGAGGUAUUGGUUAACUAUAUAAUGACCCGCUUCGUGCUUCACUUGCUGGAGGAUACGAUGGACAGCGGAGAGCCCAUUCAAUGCAUAAUGGACCUACGGCGUAACAUGAAUCUGGCCUCUAUUCGGCUUUAUAAAGACCGAUUUAUCCAGCCCGAAACUCUUCAGCAAAAAACCUUGGAGGUGCAGCAAAUCUUCAACCGACUAACUCGCCAGUUCCUGCUGCAGAUUGAGCGUAACCGGCUUGGGUUGACCGCCAAGCAGCGCAGGAUGGUCGCCCGGAAGGUACAGGCCAUUUCCCUCAAUAUUGGCAAUCUGCCAAAGGGUCUGGACCAUCGAAGCUUCAUCAGUCGGUUCUAUGAGGACCUGGAAAUAUCCACAGGUGAAUUGGACUACGGCCGAGAGCACCUUAAGCUGCUGGGCUUCCGCACUCGGAAGGAAAUAGCGCAACUUGGCCAGCCAGCGCCGAGUGAAGGAGAGUAUUUCUACAUGGCUGACCCCAACACGGCAAUGAGCUCCUCCCCGAUGUACAUGAUGCGCCAGAAUGCCAUCAUAGUGCCACAUGGUAUUCUGCAAGAGCCGUUCUUCGUAGCUAAUAGUCACGAGGUGUUCAAGUAUAGCCUUCUGGGGUUCGUCCUCGCCCACGAGCUAAUGCACGCCGUCGACGGCACUGGAAUCUUGAUCGACAGUCACGGAAACCAAUUUGAACCGGGCGCUGAAAUUCUCUCCUCGCCACGGUUCGAAGAAGGCUUGGAGUGCUUGAACCGGAAUAAGACGCAGUACCUCGACGAACGAAUAGCAGACAUAUCUGGACUGAGUCUGGCAUACGCCACUUAUUUCGAAAACUUCAAUACCUCUAGUCGCACAGGCUUCACCAACAAGUCGCAGGAGCAACUUUUCUUCCUCAAUCUGGCGCAGUUCUUCUGUGGAGAUGGCGAUGCCUCAAACUUUGUGGGUCACGACGACGAUGAGAUGCGCUUGCAGCAGCUGCUAACUGGCUUUCGGCCCUUCGACAGGGCAUAUGGCUGUCGCAGGGAUCGACCUCAGCCCGAAAAGUGCCAGCUGUGGUGA